AUGCUGGAGAACGGCUCCUUCUCCAACUGCUGCGAGGCGGGCGAGCCGGCUGUGCGCCCGGGCUGGCCGGGGGCGGGUAGCGCGCGGUCCUCCGGGACCGCCCGUCCUCCCUGGGUGGCGCCCGCGCUGUCCGCCGUGCUCAUCGUCACCACAGCAGUGGACGUCGUGGGCAACCUCCUAGUCAUCCUGUCAGUGCUCAGGAACCGCAAGCUCCGGAACGCGGGCAAUUUGUUCUUGGUGAGUCUGGCAUCGGCUGACCUGGCGGCGGCCUUGUACCCGUACCCACUAAUCCUCGCGGCCAUCUUCCAUGACGGCUGGGCCCUGGCCGAGGCGCACUGCAAGGCCAGUGCCUUCGUGAUGGGCCUGAGUGUCAUUGGCUCCGUCUUCAACAUCACUGCCAUUGCCAUUAACUGCUGCUGCUAUGUCUGCCACAGCAUGGUCUACCACCAGAUCUGCCAGCCCUGGCACAUGCCCUUCUACAUCUGCCUUGUCUCGCUCCUCACUGUGGGGGCCUUGGUGCCCAACUUUUUCAUGGGGUCCCUGGAGUAUGACCCGCGUGUCUACUCCUGCACCUUCAUCCAGGUGGCCAGCACCCGGUACACAAUGGCAGUGGUGGUCAUUCAUUUCUUCCUCCCCAUCACUGUCGUGUCCUUCUGUUACCUGCGCAUCUGGGCGCUGGUGCUUCAGGCCUGCAGGAGGGCCAGGUCAGACACCAAGCUGCGCCCGAAGCCCAGCGACAUCUGGAGCUUUCUGACCACGUUCGUGGUGUUUGUGAUCUUCGCUAUCUGCUGGGCCCCACCGAAUGGCAUUGGCCUCGCUGUGGCCAUCGACCCAGAAGAAAUACCUCCCCAGGUCCCGGAGGGGCUCUUUGUGGCUAGCUACUUCCUGGCUUAUUUCAACAGCUGCCUUAAUGCCUUAGUCUAUGGGCUCCUGAACCAGAACUUCCGCAGGGAAUACAAAAAGAUAGUCUCAGCCCUCUGGAACCCUCGGUACUGUGUUCAGAAUGCUUCCAAGGGCAGCCAAGCUCCACCUGUGGGGAAUGCCCAGCACCCUGUCCACCCACAGUUUGUGGAACUUCAUCGGGUGGACAAGAAGCUCGUCAGCACCAUGGGUUCAGGCUGUUCAGGGGAGGCCUACAGUUCCCCUCCUCCUCCUCCACACUAUCACUAUAACAGCAACAUCCUAGGACAAGGGACAGAGCCAUCUUCGGGAAAGACAGAAGAACCAGAUGGACCCAAUGACUCCCCAGUUCAUUUUAGCCUGGAAUUCCCAGUCUCAGUCUAUUUCUCAGCAUCAUCCACUGCUCCAGCCCACUCUUCCUCUCUCCUCCAGCCCCUGGGAGCCCUCGCCAUUACCUCAGGGCUCCAGUGGCCUGUCCCUGUGUCCACGCUGGCUCUGCUGGAUCACCUGGCCUGCCUUCGGCCACCAGGUGGCAAAUUAGGAAAGGAAACUGGAAUGUGGCUGGCAGCAGAAAUCAGAGGCCUAGCCAAAAGCCUGGAGUACAGGGGGUGGGCCUCAGACCCUAACGUGGAACAAUGGCAGAUCGCAAGAGCGAAGGAGAACCUUGCGAGUAUACAUCAACCUGAGUCAGGUGAGAAGACUGUGGAGAAGAAAAACGGGCCGGUGUUGGUGCCAUUCCAAGUAACAGAAAGUGCUGUGGACCCUGGCCCCUUAGCUGGCCCUCCAAAGCUGUACAAUCAGAAUGUGUUGGUAUAG